AAGUUGGAUGUAGUUUGAAUAACAAAACUUUAUUGAUUUUAGUCAGUGCACAAACGAAGUAGCUACCGUUAGUUACCUGUUCCUAGCUAACCUGAAAGGCACUUAAGAUAAACAAAAACACUUAAAUAUAUAUAAGUUCUUUUCUACUGCACGGAGUCGGAUGAGUCAGACUCGACUUCAGACUCAGAGCCCGUCCCGAACCGAGCGAUGGAGAGGCGCCAAGCUGAGCCGGAGAAGGAGGCUGCCAAGGAGAAAGAGGGCGACGUGACGGAACUGAAGCUUUGCAGCAUUGUGCUGGAUCGUCUGGAAAAAGAAGUUGAAGAAAAAGAAGACAUGAGUCGGAAAAGCGGGAAGCUCGUCUCCCGAAUCCCCACAUUCCAGAAACGAUCUGCGGUUGGCGAUCUUCCUGCUUCCAAAAACGAAGCUCCGCUGCACGACGCUCCUGAGACCGCUGGGAUUGCGGAGGCACCUAAGAGCAAACCCCCCGAUGUCAAGGAAACGGCACUCCCGCUGCCGUCGGUUCACAUCCCCAAAGUGGGCAUCGCAGUCGCACCGGUGUUCAGCAGUGAAGCUCAGGCUGCUGCUUCUUCGGGGGCUUUCAGCUCGGCGGCGCCCGCUCACGCAGACUUUAGUUUAUCCGAGUCUGCUCAGAGUCCCUUCCUGAUGGUCAGCCCCCGGCCGGCGCUCAGACCCGGGCAGCUCAGCGACAAAAGCUCGGACGCUGAAGCUGUCGGAGAAGAUGCGUCUGCAGGAAUCCUUCCACCUGAAGAUUCGGCCUGCCAGGAACCAAAGAGCGACUCAGACUUUAACGCAGAGCCUGCUGAAGACCUGGAAAUGUCUCCUGCAGAUGUCAGCUCCAUUGACGAAGUUGCCGCCAUCAUGGAUGAAGAACCACCUUGGGAAACAGAGCCGACGAUUACUGCUGACAUAAGGGACAGCCGGUCUUCAUCAGACGCAGAACCUGACGAGGAUUCAGAGGAUUCCAAACAUCCUGAACCACCGGAGAGCCAAUCAGAGGCGCUGAAUCUCUCGGAGAAAGAAGCCAUUUGGGAGGAGUCUUUUGUGGCUGCAGAGCUUUCAAAAGUGAGCUCGGCAGAAUCAAAGAAGUCCAGAGGCUCUGGAUUUUCCUUCAGCCUCCUCCUGCCUCUCAGCCUGCUCCUGCUGGGGGGGCUGGGUCAUCACAUGUGGCACUAUGGACUCCCCAGGUCUGCAUCUGAACUCACAGCCCAGCUGGAGCUGCAUUGGCUGGAGGGCUUUAGUCUGAAAUCAGAGCCAUGCAGCGUGGACUGCAGAGCGCGUCUGGUGGAGAGCAUCCCUGUCGGUCUCUACGAGUCCUCUCCUUCGACGUGGCCGAGCAUCGCAGACAGCUGGCUGCAUCUGCUGCACAGAGCCGAGCGCUCCGUUCAGAUCGCUGCGUUCUACUUCACUCUGCGUGACCUGGAGUCUGCUGACCCCUCUGACUCUCAGGGAAGACGAGUGUUCGAGCAGCUGAAACAACUCGGAUCCAAAGGCGUGGAGCUCCAGAUCGCAGUGAACGCUCCGCAGACGUCCAGUCAGGACACGGCAGAGCUGGCCUCUACGGGCGCUGAGGUUAGAGAGGUGAACCUGACGGCUCUGACCGGAGGCAUCGUCCACACCAAGCUGUGGGUGGUGGACCAGAAACACCUGUAUCUGGGCAGCGCCAACAUGGACUGGCGUUCCCUGAGUCAGGUGAAGGAGGUGGGCUUGUCUCUGGAGGACUGCAGCUGCCUGGCUCAGGACGCCUCUCGGAUCUUCGGGGUGUACUGGAGCAUCGGGGGGGCCAACGCCUCUCUGCCUCCAUAUUGGCCCGCCAGACUGUCUGCUCUGUCCAGCUCAGAGGAGCCGCUUCACCUAAAGCUCAACGGAGUUCCUGCUCGAGUGUUCCUGUCCAGCGCUCCUCCCCAGAUCUCAGCACGUGGUCGCUCCGAUGAUCUCACCACCAUCCUGUCCGUCAUCCACGAUGCUCGGAAGUUUGUUUACAUUUCUGUCAUGGACUUCCUCCCGCUGUCAGAGUUCACGGAGCCGGUCAGGUUCUGGCCCGCCAUCGACUCAGCUCUGCGUGCUGCCGGGUGCACCAGGGGGGUGCAGGUCCGACUGCUGGUCAGCUGCUGGAAGCACUCACCGGCCUCCAUGUUCCCCUUCCUGCAGUCCCUGCUGGUGCUCAGACGGCCCCCGCUGAGCUGCGGUGUAGAAGUGAAAAUCUUCAGAGUUCCGUCCACAGCUGAGCAGAUGAAGAUCCCCUUCGCCCGAGUCAACCACGCCAAGUUCAUGGUCACUGACAGAGUGGUCUACAUAGGGACGUCUAACUGGUCUGAAAACUACUUCACCCACACGGCUGGUGUGGGCGUGGUGGUGAACCAGACCGGCUCUGCCGUAGAAGAAGGCCAGCAGACUCUGCAGAGCCAAGCAGAACAGCUGUUCCUCAGAGACUGGAGCUCCGAGUACGCCGCCGCGCUCUCCGUGGAUGACCGUGACGUCUGUCCACAUUGACGCUGCAGCUUCCUGGAGGCUGAUGUACCUAAUUUUGUACUUUCUUUCAGCUCAGUUUGCCUCCUCUGUGUAUGCCUGCAGUUUGCUGUAAAUAAAUUGACUUUUCUAAAA